ACUGACGGACACUUGAUCAUCAAAUCAACUUCUCACACGGAUCUACAGGGACAUCGAGCACCAGAAAAAUAGAGAUUACAUUUAUUUAAAAACACCAGGGGUACCAUGGUUCGAACAUUGACAUUGAACAAUAUGGAGGAGCUUAGAAAUUCUUCGUUUGGUCGUCCCUCACCCAGGCACGGACUCAAGCUCCUUUUCUGGUUCGCCAAAGAUCACAUCGCCAUCAAAAAUGGCAACCAGAUGUUUGCAAAUUACGACCCCAAAGAGGGAGACUUUGGAUUCCAUCACUUCCAGAACAGACGUGAAAACAAUGACUGCAAGAGGCUGCUUCCUUAUAGUGAGUACCCAUUCUAUGAGGUGGGCAACCUCCACCUCCCAACAUCUAAAUCAUUGCCUAAAUAUGUCCGUGAGGGCAACACUCAUCAGAUAGAUGACAGCAACAUGGACCGUCUCGUCAUCAGUAUACGUCCAGACAUGACAGUGGAUAAGGUCUAUGUGACCCAGCACGAGGACCUGAAGAGCUUCGACCCGGUCAACACAUAUUGCAUCAGCAGGAGUUUGCUCAUGAUCAUACGUCGCCGUUCAUUGAGUAACUUCCUGGAACAGGCGGGCUAUUAUACCCAAAAUGUAAACGCCCCCAGGGAGUCUGGGGAUGCCAGGAUUGAUAUGGAAGGUGGAUGCAGAGCUCCACCCAGCGUUGCACCCAGAGCUGCACCAGGCUUCUGGGAAAGAAUCUGUACCAUACUGUAACCAGGCUUCUGGGAAAGCUACUGUACCAUACUGUAACCAGGCUUCUGGGAAAGCUACUGUACCAUACUGUAACCAGGCUUCUGGGAAAGCUACUGUACCAUACUGUAACCAGGCUUCUAGGAAAGCUACUGUACCAUACUGUAGAUCAGUGUCCUUUAGUCCUGGUCCUGGGGACCCUGAAGGGGGGAACUUUUUAGUUUAUUACCCCAGCACAUUGCUGUUCAUUAUGGUAUGUUAAUUUUCACUAAUACAUUUAGUCGUUUAUCAGACACUCUUAUCCAGAGUGAGUUCAGUGCAUUAAACUAUAGGCAGAUAAACAACAACAUCCUGUAUCACAUAGGAAGUCAACUGUUUCUGUUACCAUUACUGAGAGGGUUGUUGCUGUUGGGGUCUGCUAUUGGCUAAUGUACUUCUGUAUGUUAAAAUACAAAAUACAUGCAUUUUAAUUAAAUACAUGAAAAUACA